UGACUAGAAAAUUGUGUUUUGUUGAAAAAUGAAUUUAAUUAAAGGUUUGUUGGCCAUUGUCGCGGCUUUUAUUUCGGUGACCAGUGUAGCUGCAUUUUUACAUGAUUUUGAAAAGGAUAGUGACGAGAUAUGCAAUUUACCUGAUUCUGCUCAGGUAGCCCGUCGUUCGGUUGCUUGCGCUUCCCGCAUUCCAUCCUGGAGCUAUAAAUCGUCAAUUAACCAAUGCGUACAGUUCGAGUAUAACGGUUGUGGCGGCAAUUCUAAUCGCUUUUUCACGCUGUACGAAUGCGAACGAGCUUGUAAAAGAUAUUAAAUAAAAAUGUUCAUUGGAAUUUUUUGGUUUUAAAA